AAACAUGCGUUAAUGUUACUUAACCUAAUAAUGUGGGCAUGGAGCGGGUAGGGAUAGUUGUAGAAGGGUAAAGAAGAAAGAGACAGGUAGAAGAGAAGUUUGCAAAUUGUUAGGCUUAAUUGGCACUACCUAUAGGUCGAGAUCGUUUCUGGUGAAUCUCCGUUGUCAUAAAUUUUCCAGUUAUUUCGGUUUGCAUCUUCUCCAUUCUCUAUUUAAGUUAUUAUCCACAAAUCACAACCGCAAUUCGAAUACCCAAUCGAUGAAUCUGGUAUUUCGCUAACUAUUCAUUUGCGAUCAACAGGUUGUUCAUAAAUUUCCUCAGUUUUGUGAUGGGUGCACCUAAGCAGAAGUGGACUUCAGAAGAAGAAGCUGCUCUUAAAGCUGGGAUACUUAAGCACGGGCCAGGUAAAUGGCGCACGAUUCUCAAGGAUCCAGAAUUUAGUGGAGUAUUGUUUUUGCGUUCAAACGUAGAUCUCAAGGACAAGUGGAGGAACAUGACUGUAAUGGCAAAUGGUUGGAGUUCUCGAGAGCAAACAAAGUUGGCUGUCAAAAAGAUGAAACAGGCCCCUAAACAGGAUGGGAGUCCUAUGACUGAUACGACUGCUGCUGAAAGUGAUGAAGAAGCUGCUGAAGCAAGGCCAGCCACAACUUCUAGUGGUUCUCCACAGAUACAUGGUUCAAAAAAAUCUAUGAUAAGGUUGGAUAAUCUUAUAAUGGAGGCUAUAAGCAGCUUGAAGGAGCCAGGUGGUUCUAACAAGACUACAAUAGCUGAAUACAUAGAGGCUCAAUACUGGGCACCUCCAAACUUUAAAAGGCUAUUGUCAGGGAAACUGAAGUAUUUAACUGCAACAGGAAAACUUAUCAAGAUGAAGCGUAGGUAUAGAAUAGUACCUACUUCAACACCAUCUGACAGUAGAAGAAACCUGUCCAUUACACUUUUGGACAACAAACAGAGGAUCUUCUCCAAGAUUGAUCGUGAUGAUUUGAACAUGCUUACAUCUCAGAUUGAUUUAGAGUUGGCUAAAAUGAAGCACAUGAAACCUCAAGAGGCUGCAGCUGCUGCUGCACAAGCAGUUGCUGAAGCAGAAGCAGCUAUAGUUGAGGCUGAGGAGGCGGAUAGGGAGGCUGAUGCUGCUGAAGCUGAUGCUGAAGCCGCUCAAGCCUUUUCAGUAGCUGCAAACAAGACACUACAUGGGAGAAGUGCCCCAAGGAUGGUGCUUUGCAGAGUUGAUGGAAUCUCACCUUAAGAUGUUUACCAUGUCCCGAUGCAAAUUGAUUAUCCUUGCUGAUGCACUAUGUUAAAGCCUGCUAGACUAUUAUUCCUUGGUUCUUUUUCUGAUCUGUCUCUGUAAUAUCUAGAUGAUACAUGCUUGAUCGUUCCUUCGGAGGUAAGGUCGAUGUGCAAGUUAGAGAAUUGCGAAGUUAAUGCCAAGUGUAAUCUACUGAGUGGUUAAUAGUAAAAGCCUUUUAGAUUGUGUUUCCUGUUCUCCAGAAGACAUGUCUGAGCACUUAACCAAAUCAGAUGUCUCCUUAUUAACCGUUUCUGCGGCUGAGCUUUCUGACGAAUUUGUUGCAAGGGCUAUGAACAGGAAUAACUAGGGAGAGGAGGGGGUUUCCGUUCAUGCAGGGAUGUGCCUGAUGCUCUAUUAUUUAUUGUAUGAUGAUUUAUUAUUUAUUUGAACUCGAUCUGGAAGGAGAAUAAAUUAGUCUACAGUAGUUUUCUGGCCAAUGUCUAAUGGGUGUUUAUCAAGAAGAAAAUUUCGGGAUACAAGCAUGUUGUAUCUAGAUGGGUGGAAGGGGGUUCAUAUGAACCACCUUCACUGGAAAAUUACACCUUAAGAUGGAAUUUCACCUUAAGAUGUUUACAGUGUAUCUAGAUGGGAGGAAGGGGGUUCAUAUGAACCACCUUCUCCGGAAAAUUACUGUACAUAAGUUUAGAAUUGUGUUUUCCCAAUAUAUUUGUAAGUUUAGAAUUGUGUUUAACCAGAAUAUAUACUAUUCUGGUUAUUCUUUCCAAUCUACUUUCUUUAUGAUUUGGAAUCCCUUUGUAGAAAUAUCAGUACAGAAUUUUGCCCAUAUACUGCAGGAAUCUUUUAUUUGCUUAA